GAGCGACUCCGAUUUGCAUCCAGUGAGAGUCUUGUGUCUCCUCUCUCCCCCGGCGUGGAAAAACCUCUAGUUCGACUCCGACGAACUGAAGUCCUCUCUCUCUCUCUAUCUCUCUCUCUCUCUCUCUCUCUCUCUCUCUCUCUGAUCGGGAGAGUUCGAUUUCACCGGAGAAAAUGGCGGCUCCGGAGAGCCAACAACGGACGGCGACGUCGUUGAGGCACGCGUUCGGGAACGUUUUGUCAUUCGUGAUCCUCGUGCUCAUUGGUGUCCUCGCUUUCUCGAUCCGGCUUUUCUCUGUCAUAAAGUAUGAAAGUGUGAUUCAUGAGUUUGAUCCUUACUUCAAUUAUAGAGUCACACAGUUUUUAUCAAAGAAUGGGAUAUACGAGUUCUGGAAUUGGUUUGAUGAUCGAACAUGGUAUCCUCUUGGCCGUGUGAUUGGAGGAACUGUUUACCCUGGAUUGACAUUGACCGCUGGAACCAUCUGGUGGGUCUUGAAUUCUUUAAACAUUCCUCUCUCAGUGGAGACCGUUUGCGUCUUCACUGCACCUAUAUUUUCGGCAUUCGCUUCUUGGGCAACUUACCUUUUGACCAAGGAGGUUAAGGGUCCCGGUGCAGGACUGACAGCAGCAGUUCUCUUGGCUAUGGUUCCCUCAUAUAUAUCCAGAUCUGUAGCUGGAAGCUAUGACAAUGAAGCGGUGGCUAUAUUUGCUUUGAUCUUCACUUUCUAUCUCUAUAUAAAGACACUAAAUACUGGAUCCCUGUUUUAUGCCACCUUGAAUGCCUUGGCAUACUUUUACAUGGUAUGUUCUUGGGGAGGCUACACUUUCAUCAUCAAUCUGAUACCAAUGCAUGCACUUUUAUGCAUUGUGACGGGUCGCUACUCUCCUCGACUGUACAUUGCUUAUGCUCCUUUGGUUGUACUGGGGACACUGUUAGCUGCAUUGGUACCUGUUGUAGGAUUCAAUGCAGUCAUGACCUCCGAACAUUUUGCCUCAUUUUUGGUCUUCAUUAUCAUCCAUAUUGUAGCUCUUGUAUACUAUAUCAAAGGCAUCCUAUCUCCCAAAAUGUUCAAAGUUGCCGUGACACUUGUUGUGACAAUUGGCCUGGUCGUGUGUUUCAUAGUUAUGGCAGUUCUUAUAGCGCUGGUGGCUUCAAGUCCAACAAAGGGAUGGAGUGGUAGAAGUUUGAGUCUUCUUGACCCAACUUAUGCGAGCAAAUAUAUACCAAUUAUUGCAAGUGUCAGUGAACAUCAACCUCCAACCUGGCCAUCCUAUUUUAUGGAUAUCAAUGUCUUGGCAUUCUUGGUUCCUGCUGGAAUUAUUGCUUGCUUUUCGCCUCUUUCUGAUGCCAGCUCUUUUGCGGUCCUCUAUAUCGUUACAUCUGUCUAUUUCUCUGGAGUAAUGGUUCGCCUUAUGCUUGUGCUUGCUCCAGCUGCUUGCAUCAUGUCUGGGAUUGCUCUCUCUCAAGCUUUUGAUGUUUUCACUGGAUCUAUUAAAUUCCAGUUAGUUGGAAAAUUUUCUGGUCCCAAUGAGGAUGCAGGGGAUAGCUCUCCUACGAACAAUGCACCAAAAGAUGAUGCUUCUGCUUCUAAGGUUGACAAAAGCGAAGAAAUGGAAAAAGAGCGGCCCUCGAAGAAGGGCAAGAAGAAAGAGAAAGAGUCUAUUGCAAAACCUUUUGUUAAGCCCAAAACUGUGAAGAAGCUUCUUACUUUACCCCUUGAAGUAUCCGUAGUUGCCCUUCUGCUCCUUAUAAUGCUGGGUGCUUUCUAUGUGAUUCAUUGUGUUUGGGCAGCAGCGGAAGCAUAUUCAGCUCCGUCAAUAGUUUUGACAUCUCAUACUCGUGAUGGCCUACACGUUUUUGAUGAUUUCAGAGAGGCUUAUGCAUGGUUAAGCCAUAACACUGAUGUGGAUGAUAAGGUGGCAUCAUGGUGGGACUAUGGUUACCAGACAACAGCUAUGGCUAAUCGAACUGUUAUCGUGGACAAUAACACGUGGAACAAUACUCACAUUGCAACUGUUGGCACAGCCAUGUCAUCUCCGGAAAAGGCAGCUUGGGAGAUUUUCAACUCCUUGGAUGUGAAAUACGUUCUUGUCGUCUUUGGAGGUCUUAUUGGUUACCCUAGCGAUGAUAUAAAUAAGUUUCUGUGGAUGGUUCGUAUUGGAGGUGGUGUCUUCCCUCACAUAAGGGAACCUGAUUACCUGAGAGAUGGCCAAUACCGGAUCGAUUCAGAGGCCACCCCAACAAUGUUGAACUGUCUCAUGUACAAGCUCUGUUACUACAGGUUUGUAGAGACAGAUGGCAAGGGUUUUGAUCGAGUUAGGCGGACAGAAAUCGGGAAGAAGUAUUUCAAGCUAACACAUUUCGAAGAGGCUUUCACAAGCCACCAUUGGAUGGUUAGGAUAUACAAGCUGAAACCCGCAAAGAACAGGAUUCGUGGGAAGGCAAAGAAGUCAAAAUCGAAAACAAGUUCAGGAACGAGUUCGAUGAGAUCUACGAAGAAGAACCCGUGGAACUAGAAAACCAGGAAUCCACAAACGUAGGGCUGAUGUUUGAUGAUGGUGAUGUAGGUGAGUUAGUUAUGUAACUCUUUUUAAUAUUUAUCUCUCCAUAUAGAAGCGAGAGCAGAUACCUCGGAGGCAACUCUUCUCGCGUUGGAUUUUGAUGGAAACUUUUUUAGUUACUUUUGAGAAGGUAUUAUUAUCUAAGAAAUUUUUUUUCAUAAGAAAUAACUGUUGGUUCAAUUUUUAAA